AAUUCCGAAGCCGUGAACAGGGAGAAAUCACAUUCUUCCUUCUCAAGUGCCAGACUGAUUAGGCCAGGUGGAAAUCUCUACACCACUCGUCUCGUUGAGAUCCCCUUCUUUACAAAUGGCCAAGGGGAAAUUCGAAGCUGCUGCGGCUCUCUUGAGCGUAUUCGGGAGCCCCCAGAUCGAGUUCUGCAACUCGUCUGUUUAUGCCGUCGGCCCUGGCUGUCCUGCAGACCCUCCUCUUGCAGGUGGCGGGACUUGCUAUAACCUGACAAUCUCAACGCCCCAGUGCUACACUUGGGCAGACUUUCCCGAUGCGCCCAGUGACCUGGUGGAUGAUGUGAACUUUGUCUAUGUCCCAGAGAGCUUAGGAGGAUGUAACCUCUACAAGACGCUGAACUGUACCACCACCCCGGAUGAAGAAUGGGACGCAGUCGCUUAUGGGCUGUUUGAUCUUGAGGCAAGGUCUCCUCUUUGUACACGAUUUGGGUUUUCCUUCUUCUCUCAUUAUUCAAACACUAACUUCGUAUCUCUCUAGUGCCGCUAUCAUCUAGCUGGGAAUAUUCAGAGUUGGGAGUGUGGUUCCUCUGCUUCUUACCGCUAAGAAGCGAGUUUCUAUACAAAACAUGGGCUAGUAUUGACCAAGUGAAUUACAAGAUCAUAGCAGUAGUCGAUAAAAGCAUAACACACAAAUAUGUUUCCUUG